AUGUCAAACUUGCCAAAGGUUUUUUUCGAUAUCACCAUCGGCGGAAGUUCAGCCGGACGAGUUGUGAUGGAGGUAAACGACUGAACAAUCUUCUGCAAUAUUCGACAGUACAAGAAAGCGUUGUCAGACAAAAGCUUCGGUAUCUUAAAACGAAAAGGUCUCUCUGUACUUCUCUUCAUCCUAUUUUUUUCAAUUAAUCGUUUUCUUACCGUUCUGUUAACAGCUCAGAAGCGAUGUAGUUCCCAAGACUGUAGGUUUGUGCAAAAUUUUAUUUUAUUUUGUUUCCUAGUUGACUGUAAGGUAAUAGAUUAUAAGUUUCAUCGUUUGCACGAAACAACUCCGAUCAGUCAAAUUUCACGUGUUGCUGCCGUUGAAUUUCCUGGAAGAGCUCCUAAUUGAACAAACUUAACUACAAACGUCAAAAUUAGUCAUCUCAUCCUGAGUGAAACAGGAUUUUGUCGUUUCGCUCAAAAAAAAUUUGCACCAGUCAGGUGAAAACUUCAUGGCACGUGUUGUUGGGUCUUGUUGAGAUUUCAUAUUUUCCCAGAUGCUACUGUUUAUUUUGAGAAACCAAUUCAAGAGUCUCUUCCCAAGUCGAGAAAUAGAAUUCCUUCCCGGAAAAUUCACGGAGCAAAUUUUAGGAUUACUUUAGGCACAUUUCAGUCCCUCCUCUUAAUUAUCGAUGAAAUUAGAGCAGUUUUUCAAAGGAGUGAUUAAACGAAUGCAGAAUGGAACGAGCUUUGCUUUACGAUGCUGCAUGAUCAGAUGAGAAAACUCGUGUUAAUCUUUCAACCAAGUGGAUGCAAAACUAGAGCUAAUUGGCUAGGUCACUCACAUGUACGGAUUGCUCGCUUUUCGUGCAAAUUCUGAUUGUCACCUUAAGAUCUUUUAUCAUCGCUCUGAUUGGCUGUUGUGACGUCUUUGAUUUUGAAGCUGGAGUCUGAGCAAUGUUUAAGUGAGAAGAAUUUGUAAGGGCUAGUCUUUCUUACCAAGGCCUACAGUAAUCUAAUGGUUUUUUUAGUUUUUGAGUCAAUGGUGCUCAAGGCAAUGUAGACUCCUUGUUAUGGAGUCAGACUGUGAACAUUCCUAUCAUUUUUAGCGGCCUUACACAUGCAGACAUUGUUACAGUAACUAAUUUGGGAGAAUGGCAGAAAGCAAAUUUCACUCCUUGCAUCCAUCACUUAGUCACUCCUUUCCACUCCUGUCAACUAUUUACCCGCUAGUGUAUAGGGAUUUUGCGUGUUCAUUUUAAGUUCCUGCUUGGGGCUCAGCUGAUAGCAGUCUGCUGAGGAAGAAUGCGUACUUAACCAACAGCUAAGAUCUGAGACCAGAUAAUUUUACUAAUGGCUGAAAAUUGAUGAAAAUUAAGACUGAGUGCAUGGUCUGAAACAAGGUUUAAACAAAUUCUGCACAUACAAGGUGUUGGAUAAAUUACUUUCAAGGGUGACAAGUUGUCUAACAUUUCAGUAUUUGUAGGCCUUGUUUUAAAACCUUGUCAAUCCAGAAUUUGAAUAGAAUACUCGAUCGCCAAAAAAACAAAAUAUAGAUGAACUAUAUUCUUAAAUGCUUAAAACCACACCUUUUUUCCAAGAGCAGAAGAGGAAAGACAAACGAUUUGCUUUGGUAAUUGGCUUCUUGAAUGCUGAUUUCUGCUCAGAAAAAGGUGAUGUUCUGGAUGAAAACAGAAAAAACAUGCUUUUGAAGAAUACAUUUAAAAACAGGGGAACAAAAGGAAAAAGAAAGACAAAAAAAAAAUUUGCUAUUGUCUUGAGUUGAAUCCUGGCCCUUUACUGUGCCAAGGGAGCAAAUGUGAGUUGAGACAAACCAUGUGCUGUCAGUGAAUGGACCAAAAGUUUUAAUUCAGUGGCCUUAAUAUUUCAUCCCUUUAUAAUUCCUUUUCUGAGUUCAGUAGCCCACAGCCACUUAAAAUUGUAUGUUUGUUCGCGUUGUUUACAUUUGGGUGCUUUUAUAAGAGUCAAGCUCAAUUUUAUCAGGAAAGUGGUAAUUUUGAUUUUAGUUGCACAAUCAUUACACUUAUUACAGCAUUCAAUGACCAAUUUACUCAGAGAUAAGCCUUGUGCUGGUAGCUUUUUUCUGGUCUGAAGUAACAGUCUAUUAGGAAUUGGUAACAUGUCAUGGCUGCCCUACUGGUUUCAUGAGUCACAUCACCCUUGAUUGCUUCCAGCCACAUCACCUUUAGCUCUGCAAAAUGAACUCUGUAUGGGUUUGCCUUGUAUUUAAGGGCCCCCUUUAACUAAAAGCAGCACUUGAGAAAGUCCACUUGGAGAGCUGAGCCUCAAAAGAGGAUAUUUGAGACCCAUUGUAAAAACUAAGAGCAACAUACACCCUUGUACCCUUUGGGUGCCUAUUUUUAUUGGUGCACUAUUGACUGGGUGAUGCUUAGUUUAUGGAAGUUCAGUGAAGUUCAUGAUACCAAUAAGCUAUGAUCAGGGGGUUGAACAGGUCUGUCUUUGACUCACCCAGUUUUAGCUAUUGUAUGUUUUUUUAAAAUGAUAUUCCUUUCUAGAGAACUUCCGUGCACUGUGCACUGGUGAGAAGGGAUUUGGCUACAAAGGGAGUAAAUUCCAUCGAAUCAUUCCUGGGUUUAUGUGUCAGGUAAGUUUCUGUUACUGCUUCAGUUACAAAUAUAAAUAUUAAUAUUAUCUUACCUAACUCUUAUUAACGCUAAACUGUAAAUCAUUUUUUAUGCUCAUUAAGUUGAUCUUCCCCUCAUGGCCACCUUUCCACAGUAACCUCCUCAUUUGUCCCAGCAAGUGCCCCACACAGUAACCCUUAAUUUGUUCAAAAUUGUUUCUGUCGUACACACCCCUUCCUUGCCAUAACAGUCUCUUCUUUACACUGGUUAUUUUAAGGUUGCUGUUGUAGAGAAGUUCAAGGGUUUUCAACAUUAAGAAGUCAAAUGCUAAUUAAAAAAUCAGAUACUGACGAAUUUUCUAGACAUAAUGUCCUUCUUUCUAUGCAUGUCAAAAGCUUAUUCAACAUUAAGAUUUUGACUGUCUCUGUCAGACUGUAGCUUAUUGAGUGAGUUAUAGUAUGUCUCUGAUAGGGUACAAGUUGUUAUAUAUUGAUUUAUAGAUAAAGAGCAAAUGCAGCCUUUUCAUGUUGGGAAUUUCUUGGCCAAAAAUUGGUCAGAUUUGCAAAUUUCUUGUGAGAUAGGAAUCAAAAUCCAGCCAGCCUUUUCAACCUCCUUAGGCACUUCUCUUUAAUUUUAAGGAUCUGCUUCUCAAAUUUUCUUUAAAUAUAGUAUAUUUAUGGUGCUAGGUUGUAAAUGCCCUCGGACAGCCAUGCAUUCAGUAUGAAAAAAUGGAAUUAAAAGGAUACAGCCAUCAUGUAAUGGAUAAACAACUGUUGAGCACAUUAUGUACACAUGUAACUUUCUUUAACCGUUAUAUUUAACUAGGGUGGAGAUUUUACUAAUGGCAAUGGAACUGGUGGCAAAUCCAUUUAUGGUACAAAGUUUGCUGAUGAAAACUUUUCCUUAAAGCAUACUGGUCCUGGUAAGUGUUUGCUCUGAUUUUGUUUAUGUUUAAGGUGAGAUUAAGGGUGGAGCAAGGGUGUAGCUAGGAGGGAGGAGGGAGCUGGGGUGCCUCUAAUCCCCACCUCAUAGGCCUUUUUUUGUGACUUGUAGAAAAAACAUGGCAUAGAGGUUGCCAUGAGAAUCUGGUAAGUACCCUCUGUAAUUUGGGAAUAAUUAACUUCUGGACAGAGGUCAAGCAAUUAGAUGUUACAUCCUGUUUUCAUCAGCUGUGCUUGAAUAUUUUCUUAAUUUUCUUUGACUUAAAAUAUAUUUUAAAGUAUCUUGCUUUCUUUUGUUUAUUUUGUUUGUUAAUUAAUACUUAAUUUUAGGGAUCCUAUCUAUGGCCAAUGCUGGCCCCAACACCAAUGGAUCACAGUUUUUUAUUUGCACCCAUAAAACUACAUGGCUGGAUGGCAAACAUGUUGUGUUUGGAAGCGUUGUGGAUGGUAUGGAUGUCGUCAGGAAAAUGGAAGCAGUAGGUUCUGAUUCUGGCAAAACAGCAAAGACAGUAGCAAUAUCAGAUUGUGGGCAGUUGAAUUGAAACAACCACCUUUGAUCUGCUGAACAUGUAAACUGUAAAAUGGUAGAGAUCGGGA